CCCUUGGCUACCCUUAUGUCCUACAUCCCAAUUGCAUCUCCCAACUCGCUCUUUGAAUCCCAAUCCUCGGCGGGCCAUCCAGUGUUAUCAAGUGCUACAGAGGCCUUCAGCGAAAACGUUUUACGCCCGAAAGGCUUUCUCUGCUGACUGCGUUGCAUCUUCGCAUUAUGACUCGCCGCCAUCGCAAUCUUGGCCUGUCGUCCGACGACAGCGACUCUGAACGGGAAAACAUUGAAGACAGUCAAUAUGACACGGACCUGACGGAGCCUGAAGACGAGGGCUCCCAAGACAAGGAUGUUAGCGAUGCGGCACUUCUUUUCGCGGAUAACGAGCAUCCACCAGAGUAUUAUAUCCAGCAGCUUGCGAACUUCGACGAGACCGACUACGCCAAGGAGGACUAUGGACGGGGUACCACUGCCCUACUCAACCGGGUGGAAGAGAAGUGGUCACAAUUCUGCUCCUUUCUUCGAAAAGACCCCCGAGAGGAAUUCGCACGCUUGUCCAUUUCGAUCAUGUAUAUCUUCCUGGAUUGGGUCCUCAAUCUUCGGCGUGGAAAAGAUGGAAGGCGUCUCCCAGGUACAAAGUGUAAGAGUUCACUUGACACUUUCUGGAAGGUGUUUCGCCUGGUGUAUGAAAGAGAAACUUCGAACAAGAUCACGAAACAAAUGAACCGCCAGAUGCGCCGUGUGAUCCGACGGCUAGCCAAAAAACAUAAACUGUCUACGAAGGGGCGCGAUAAGCCUCCGAUGGAUGUCAAGGACUUGACCAAGGUUGUAGAGACCACGAUUAGCACGACAAAAAAGAAGUUUGGCCAUGGCCGCCACCGUAUCGAACUGGCGCUCUUCCUGCAGCUUGCCGGCCUAACAACCAACCGUCCUCAAGCCAUUCUGAACCUACGGUAUCGACACAUUCAAGUCAGCCUGCUACGUGACCCUCAAGGUGGGCUCCAUCGCAUUGUUAUCGAGUUUACGUUUGAGUUUACCAAGGAAUGGCUCGGUGCGAAGGAUGCCAACACAUACAUUCUACCCGAGAUUAUCUUCGACCCUUCUCUUGUCCUCAGUCCUCAUGUUUUCCUUCUAGGCUUGAUUUUUGCGGACCGUGCUUUUGACCGUGUUGAAGGCGAGGAAGUUCUUGUUUCCGCAAGCCAAAUUCCAAGGCUUCGGAUCCGCGAUGGAUGCAACGAGCUCCCGCUGCGAAUUGACCCUGCACUGGACGACGUCCCCAUAUUCCGAAUGUCAGAACGGACUCUGCAAGGCAUCUCCAUAUCUCCCUAUAAGCCGCUUCCUUAUACAACGAUCGAACCUUGGGUAAAGAAAAUGGGGGCGAUUACCGGCUUUCCGCAAGUCACACGUCCAUACAGCUUGCGAUACGGGGCCAGGACAGCAUUAGACAGCAGCGGAUCUGUUUGUGAUUCACUGCGCAAUCUCAUCAUGCAUCAUGCCGACACCCGUACGUUCUUGCGCUAUUAUCUCAGCAGAAGGAUUAAUAAAAACCUCCUUGCCAUCAUUCGCGGCCUUAACCCUGAAGACGACAUCAUGCGGGCCGCAUGCCGGAUGAGCCGGUCGAUCGAUCCCAAUCGCCCUCAAGAAUUGACUACCGCACAAUCGUCCUCCGUCAAUCAAGAUCCCGAAAUCGCUGACCUGAUUCGCCGGUGUGACGAGCUUAGUCGCCAAAUGGGGCGCCCAUUGUCGAACCACCAUGGGACAGAACAAUACGCACUGUACAAGAAGCUGAACCAAGAGAUCGCAGGUGCUAGGCAGCGAGCACGGAACGCAUUGCUCGCUCAGAUUCAAGCAAAGUACGACCGCGAGCAACCGAUGCUGGAAAUCAGGCGUCAGCUUUCUGGAUUUGACCUAGCCGAGGAAGAAAAACCUCUCAAGUGUUCAGAAACAGUACCACUUCCUCAGAAGCGACUUAUUGAGAGUCUCCUCACCCUACCUCGCCCCACACUCGAGGAAGUGGCCAGACGGACGGAAGCAAUUGAUGCCGUAGCUGCUUAUGCCCUUUUCGAAGAAGGUGAUACUUGCUAA